AAUUCAGGGGUGUCCGUUCGCUUUUGCUACUGAUUGGCAGGACUCUGCCCUCUAAACUCAACUUAGCCGGCUGCUCUGCCCUGUCGGGCUCUUAGCCUGCAGUUGUGCGGCCUACCAUUAGAGGCUCUCCAACCAGUUCUAACUUUCUCCACAGCCCUGUGCAGCUGAUCCGAAUUCUGAAAUCCAGUCGCAACACGAUGGCCUCAUCUCCCGCUGUCCUGCGAGCGUCCGGACUCUGCCAAUGGUGCCCGAGGAGCUGGGCGCUGCUGCCGAGUUCUCCAAAGGUGAGGCCAGUUAGCCUGGUCUCUUGGGCUCCUGCCCGGACGACGGCGACGAUGACCGUGGAGCCAGCGAGCCGCUGCCUCUGGGACGAGCCCGUGCGCAUCAUCGUGCGCGGCCUGGCCCCGCAGCAGCCGGUCACGCUGCGAGCGUCCCUGCGCGACGAGAAGGGCGUGCUCUUCCGCGCCCACGCGCGCUACUGCGCCGACGCCGGCGGCGAGGUGGACCUGUCGCGGGCGCCGGCCCUGGGCGGCAGCUUCGCGGGGCUCGAGCCCAUGGGGCUCCUGUGGGCCCUGGAGCCCGAGAAGCCUUUCUGGCGGUUUCUGAAGCGGGACGUGCAGACGCCCUUCGUCGUGGACCUGGAGGUGCUGGACGGCCACGAGCCCGAGGGAGGACACCUCCUAGGCCAGGUCGUGCACGAGCGCGACUUCCUUGCACCCGGGGUGCGGCGGCAGCCGGUGCGCGCGGGCCGGGUGCGCGCCACGCUCUUCCUGCCGCCAGGACCUGGACCUUUCCCAGGGAUCAUUGAUCUCUUUGGUACUGGAGGGGGCCUGUUGGAAUAUCGAGCCAGCCUUCUGGCUGGCCAUGGCUUUGCCACAUUGGCUCUAGCUUACUAUGGCUUUGAAGAUCUCCCCAAGGAUGCUGACAACAUAAAUAUGGACUACUUUGAAGAGGCCCUGUGCUACAUGCUUCAACACUCCCAGGUAAAGGGCCCAGGCAUUGGCCUUGUAGGCACCUCUUUAGGGGCUAGUAUUUGUCUCUCCAUGGCCUCAUUUUUGAAGAACAUCUCAGCUACAGUUUCCAUCAAUGGAUCUGGGUUUAGUGGAAACACAACCAUACGUUACAAGGAGACUUGCAUCCCACCACUGGGCUACGACCUGAGGAGAAUCAAGAUAUCUUUCUCAGGCGCCCUGGACAUUGUGGAUAUAGGGAAUGAUACUGUAGGAGGGUAUGAAAACCCCUGCAUGAUUCCGAUAGAGAAGGCCCAGGGACCUAUCCUCUUCAUUGUUGGUCAGGAUGAUCAUAACUGGAGGAGUGAGUUGUAUGCCCAAAUAGCCUCUGAACGGUUACAGGCCCAUGGAAAGGAAAAACCCCAGAUCAUCUCUUACUCUGGGACUGGGCAUUAUAUAGAGCCUCCUUACUUCCCCAUGUGCCCAGCUUCCCUGCACGUAUUAGUAAAAAAGCCUGUGAUCUGGGGUGGGGAGCCCAGGGCUCAUUCUAGGGCCCAGGUAGAUGCUUGGAAGCAAAUUCUGACCUUCUUCUGCACACAUCAUGCAGGUGCCCAGAAGGGAGAUUCUCCCAAGUUGUAAUGCAUUAGUCUAUAGUUGACAUGAGAGGUACAAGGUCAGAUUCUAGUGUUUACUAAUCUUAUGUAAAUGAGUUUCCCCUGAAUAAUAUCAAAUUCAUAUCAUUGGUAUUAAUGAUAUAUUUUAGGUAACUUGUUUCUUUUAAGAUGUUAUUCCUUUUUAGAGGGGAAGGGAUGGAGAAAGACAUCAAUGUGUGGUUGCCUCUCAAGUGCCCCCUACUGGGGACCUGGCCUGCAACCCAGGCAUGUGCCCUGACUGGGAAUUGAAGUGGUGGCCCUUUGGUUCACAGGCUGGCACUCAAUCCACUGAGCCACACCAGUCAGAGCUAUUUUAGGUAACUUUUAUGAAUAAGUUAUUUUUUCACUGAUUUCACUAAUGUAACCCAUGGCUGUUGUAGAAGAUUCCAUUAAAUGUGGACAACAAAAAAGUAAAAAGCAUCCUCAGUGUUAAA